GUUAAAUUGAAAAAAACGGAAACUAGGAUUUAUCCAUGUUUACUGUUUUCACCGUAAACAUUUAAACAGGGCAAUGUACCGUGAUGUUGUGUCUUCUGUUGUGUCAGUAGAGAGGACGCGGUACAUUCCUGAUAACUGUUACUGACCGACGUUGACAAGUGAACAAAUUUGGGUUUACUUAACUAUUUUGUGGUUUAUACUAUCCCCGUGCAUUCAUGAUGGCCUUAUGCUAGACAGGAAAUAAUGCCCAAAACAAAGAAUAGUAUUGUUUUAUGUAGAGUGAGAUUGCAAUAUUUUCGACGCGUGUUGGGGCGAGGGACGGGACAGGCUGGGGAACAGUAAGGAUCAGUACAGUGUUAAGGGCAGCUGGUGAGAGUCCACACUCGCGGAGGACCUUGAUCAUGAGGAGUAAAACAUGGUGUUUCAUGGUGCUUUUCCUGACGGCGAUCGGGGGAGGUUCUAGCGGCGCUGCACCUCCGCCUCAAGGUCAACCUCACCUCGUCCUAAUUGUCGCUGACGACCUGGGCUGGAACGACGUCUCUUGGCACAACCCUCAAGUGCUCACCCCCCAUCUGGAGAACCUCGCCCGAACUGGGGUCAUCCUCGAACAGUCUUACGUCCAGCCCAUCUGCACGCCGACGAGGUCUGCGCUUCUCACGGGGCGCUACCCUUUCACGCUGGGUAGACAGCAUGGUGUAUUGUGGCCGAAGGAACCCACGGGCCUCACCCUGAAAGCCACUCUCCUUCCAGAGUCUCUGAAGAAAGUGGGUUAUUCCACUCACGCCGUUGGCAAAUGGCAUCUAGGAUUCUGCAGCUGGCGCUACACCCCAACCAGGAGGGGCUUCGACACCUUCUACGGCUACUACACGGGCGCCGAGGACUACUUCCACCACUUCCGGCUUCAAAUGGGCCGGAAGGAAAUGCCAAACUUCGUGAAGUAUCCGUCUCAUAAAACGAAAAAAGGCACCAGGUUUGGCUACGACUUCAGGAAUAACACGACACCGGACUUGAGUGUGGAUGGAACUUAUUCCACGUACGCUCUCUCAUCCUACGUGGAGAAUCUUUUGGCGUCUCGGAGUCCUAGAGAUCCUAUGUUCCUGUACCUGCCCUUCCAGAGCGUCCACUCUCCCCUGCAGGUCCCUGAGAACUACACGCGUCCCUAUUGGCACAUCAAGCACAAGGAUCGCAGAACAAAGCUCGGUAUGGUGACUGCCAUGGACGAGGCGAUCGGGCGGGUGGUGGCGGCGCUCAAGUCUUCUGGGCACUACAAUAACUCCGUUAUCGUGUUUACGACUGAUAACGGCGGGCCAACCGUGAGCGCCGGGAACAACUGGCCUCUGAGGGGGAACAAGUCAACGCUCUGGGAAGGAGGCACAAGGGGCGCCGCCUUUGUGCACUCGCCUCUCCUGCAGAACCCCGGCACCGUCUCCCAUAAACUAAUUCACGUGACGGACUGGUACAAGACCUUCAUGGGACUGGCAGGCGGAGAGGCCCCCAAGGACACGGACGGGUUCGACCAGUGGGCUGCGCUCGACGGUCUCUCCAAAUCCCCCAGAACACAUAUGAUCUACAACAUCGACAACACCACAACUUUUAGCGCAGGCAUAAGGUAUGGCGACUACAAAUUACUAGUUGGCAACCCCGGACCCGGAGAGUGGACGCCACCUCCUGAAGACGCUCAGGACACAAACUCUACCCUCUUUCACCCCACCCCUAACCCCACGGGAGAUCAUCCGGGCGUUCAAGACGUAGUUUCCACACGCACGAACCACACUCACUUAACAGCUCUCAACGCCAGCAAUAUCCUAGAAGGAGCUGUCGACGUGGCUCCUGGGGGUAAUGGCAUCCUUUUUAUCGUAAAUAACAGUACAACUAACAACUGGAACCCUCGGCUGAACAACAACGGUCCGUCUGAGUAUAACGACGAGGAAGAGGAACGAGAGGGAAAGGAAGAGGAGGAGGAGAAGGUGGUGGAGAAGGAGGAGAAAGAGGAGGAGGAGGAGAUGGUGAUAGAGGAGGAAGAUGAAGAAAAUGAGGAAGAAGGAGACGAAGAGGAGAAAGAGCUGGAAGAAAAGGCGGAAAAGAAUGAAAAGAAGGCAGAAGAAGAAGAGGAGGAGAAAGACUUACAAGAAGACAGAAGCGAAGAGGAGGGAGAAUACGACACGGAAAAGAGUGAGAAGAAAUAUAAAGGCGCGAGCGAAUGCCUUUCCGCGAGGGAGUUCGUGGAUUCACUGCUUGCCACCGAACAGAUCAGACUCUUCAACUUAGAGCUCGACCCAAACGAACGCACGGACAUCGCCGCUAGCAAACCCGACGUCGUGAAGCUCCUGAUGGCCCUCCUUCUGCAGGAGAUGGACACCCGCUAUGUGGACGCCGACCUGCUCCCCAACGACCCUCGCGCUAAUCCUAAAUACUGGCAUAAUUUCUGGUCGCCUGGAUGGUGCAAGGCCAAGUGAAUCCGGAGAGAGGGACGGAUUGUUGUUAAAAGAAAACGGGAAAAUUGAUGUGAAUAUCGGGGGGGGUGGGGAGUUAAUGGUUUGAAUUUUUAUUUGUUUUUGUUAUUAUUGUUAUUGUUAUUAUUAUUAUU